AUGAGCGAUGGCCAUCUUGACGGCGACGGCCCAUGGGGAACGGUUAUCCGUCAGUUAUUAAUCCAACACGGCGAGCGGCUCGUGUGCCUCUUAUUCCACGAGCCCAAGGGCUUGCUGCUGCUUCUCGCUAGCGGCGCCGCGCACUCGAUAUGGAGUAUAGUCACCUUGUCGCGCUCCAUUGGCGCGCUUCGGUCCGCGCGAGACGCGCGAAUCGCGGAUGUGGUGAAUUUGGGCGCGAACGUAGCUAUAAAGAAGCGGAAGAAGCAGAAGGGGCGGCGGAAGGGGUCGCGAGAGGGGGAGCGGAAUGGGGUGCGGGAGGGGGAGCGGAAAGGGGAGCGGAAGAGGGAUAGGGUGCACUUACUAAGUUCCGCCAGCGGCAUCGCUAAUGCAGCGAUUGCGCGGAGCGGGGAAGGAGAGGCAGGGGGCGGAGCAGCUGAACGUGUGGGGAAAGGAGCCACGGCGGGAGGGGGAGUUAGCACUGGUAGCGCAAGAGCGGAGGGCGCAAGAGCGGAGGCCUGGAAAGGCGACCUGAAGGGGGUUCGGAGGGAUGGGGCGCGGUGGCGGCUAGACAGAGUAGCUAAAGGAUUAGAGAUACUGGAAAAGGAGGUGGUGAGGCGGCGAGAGGCUGCAGGCCUGACCCACGCACCAGCACAGGUUGACUCGUCUGGAUGCGUUGACUCAGUUGACUUGUGGCGGCUACCAGUGGUGCGUAAGAGGUGGCAGAAGCGGUGGUGGGGCGGGCACAUAGUGACGAGUGGUAGCGAGCCCUCGUUCAAGUCACAUUCGCUGCAGGGGAAGGAACUGGUGGCGGUGAGAGGCGUGGUGCAACCAGCGUACAGCGGUGGUGGUGGUGGUGGUGGUGGUGGUGAUGGUGGUGGUGGUGGUGUUGCUGCUUCCAAUGGCGGCGGUGCUUUUGGUGCUGGUGCUGGUGGGGGCAUUGGUGGUGGUGCGACCACUGCUGGUGGCGCUGCAGUGCUGGGGGGGGUGGCAGCACGUGAAGGGGUGGAGUGGCAAGGGGUGGUGGAGUAUGGAAGGAGCGUGCACGGGGAUGGUGUGACUGCAGGCGCGGUGAUUGUAGAGAGGGUUGAUGAGAUGGUGUAUUCCGAGCUUCAAGCCCUCCUGGGAUGGCGUGUCAAGUCAGAGCGAGUCAACUCCUUCCGCUCCGAGGUUCCCUUCUGCCUGGCCGAAUCUCCAGACACAUCAGCUCCACGUGUCAGCAUCCCAUUGGCCAAGAACCCAUCCGAUCAGCAACCCUCUAUCCCUCUAGUCACCCUUCACUCCCACCUGCACAAGGCUCUGCCGCCCACUCUCGCCUCCGCCGCCCAUUUAAUCGCCGGGCGGCGCAUGCCCCUCGGGAUGCGGUCCGAGCACCGGGUGCUGCCGGUCAAUCACGCGCUGACAGCUGUCGGCCACGUCCACGUCAGCAAGGACGGCCGGGCGGCGCUGGUACCUUCUCCGUGCCUUCCCUUCUUCCUCCUAAACGAGAGUAGAGAGGGGGCACUGCAGCGGCUGCAGCUGCAGCAGAGGACUCAGGUGAAGCGGGCAGCGCUCUUUGCUCUCGCUGCAUCUGUUGUUGCAGGCUUCAUGUGGUGGAGAAAGCGUCGCAACGAGAGGCGGGAGCGGGAGUACGCGGAGCAGAGGGAGGCUGCCAGAAACGACGCUCUCGCAUUGCAAGGCGCUGGUGCUGCUGCUGGCGCCUGGCCAGAGGAUUUCCCUCCUCUCCUCCCUGCCGCUGCUCGCGACCCUUUAAGCGGACGAAACCAGCAGCUAGAGGAGAUUCUUGAGGCUGUGGAGGUGAUUAGAGAGGCGCAGAGAGAGGAGAGUGGGGAGGGCAUAGGGGAGGGGCAGCAGGAGGAGGAAGAGGAGGAGGAGGGGUUGGAUUUGGAUGGGGAGCAUGAGUUGCCAGCAGAGCAGGUGUGUGUGGUGUGUGCUGGGAGGGUGAGAAGAGCGGUGUUCAUCCCGUGUGGGCACCGUGUGUGCUGCCUGCGGUGCGCAAGGGCUGUCAAGCAGAGCAGCUCCCUCUGCCCCAUCUGCCGGCGGUUUGUGCGGCGAGUGUAUCAAGUGUUUGAUACGUGA